AGAGUAGCCUACAUAAGAAAGAACCUCCUGAACUGUUCAUCUCUUGCUUUAUUAUUAUUAUUUUUUGGUCAUCCGAUUCGGUGAAUCAUCUUUUUGAUAGUUACUUUUUGCUCAAGUCAGACGGAUGAUUUAGAUGUUUGGAUGGGAUAGAAUAAUCCUUUUAUAACUUUCCUAUAUAGCGAGGUACCACCACCUACAUAGAGUUUACAUUCCUCUUAGAGACCAAAGGGCUGCUUUAUAACUACUAUUAUCAACUUGUCAACUUCCAUCCACAUUAAGAACCCUGUUAAAGUUAAACGAGGCUACAGUGGGCCACAUUAUCGAGGCCCACUGAACAUGGUUGGCCUCCAAUUCACACACAAUCUCACAUGCAUGCUCCCGAGGCCUCGGGUGACUUGGUCGUCGACAUCCACCAGAAGCAUGACAUCACCCCAUGCUGGAGGUCAGUUUCCAGCCGCCCACUGCCAUCCUGUAUCAGGCUAGGGAACGAGUAUAUGUCGUGGCUCCCUUGUGAUGACCUAUUCCCUCAUCUCCAACCACACCCAUGAUAUCCUAAUCUCCAUUCACGACCAACACAAAUUUGCAAUUAGCAGUCAUCCUGUUGGAGAUUUAGGAAUUCACAAACUGUACAAACCUUCAAAAAGGAGACUAUUAGUAAGAACAAAGAGAUGUCCUUCGUUGAAAGCAGAAGGGACACAAGGCAUCUUUCAGGUACAGAGUAAAAUGGUUAAACAACUAUGUCCAUGAAUGUUCCAAGGUUCACUGAUUCCUUUGUUGUAGCUAUUGCUUAGAGAAGUGAAACUGUUUGGCCAGUGGGGGUGGGCUCCUAUUGUCUCCAUGGGUCCAUGGGAAAUGGAUGAUCAAAAAUAGGGCUCGGUCUUGGUACAUUGUUGCCUUGAAGUGGCACUUCUCCUACCCUUAAUUUCCUCCUCACCACCUUUUUUUAUUUUUCUUUCUUUUCUUAUUUUUUUCUCCUUCUCUUUUAUAUACACUUCCAUUGGGCCUCCUUCUCCUUGUGCUCUGCCAUCUCUCCCCUCCCCUACACUUGGUUCAGCAAUAAAAAGAGAACAAAAGAGAAUCCGAGAAGCUUCUGUAGCCAUCAAGAUCAUGUCAGGCAGAGGUAGGAGGAUAACAGAUGAGGAGAUCAAUGAGCUAGUCUCUAAGCUUCAGUCACUGCUCCCCGAGUCCCGCCGCAGGAACAUAGGCAGAGCAUCUGCGUCGAAGCUACUGAAGGAGACAUGCAGCUACAUCAAGAGCUUGCACCGAGAGGUGGACGGUCUGAGCGACCGGCUUUCCGGCCUAAUGGCGACGAUGGACAGCGACAGCCCUCAGGCCGAUAUCAUUCGGAGCCUCCUCAGGUCCUAGGGAGAGUCAAUACUGUCAUUUUCAUCCUUGGUUAAUUUAGUAUCACCCCCAGGAGAUCUGAGGGUCAUACAUGGUGUCCACAGUUUCUGAUGUGUGUUUGUUUAUCUAGUUCACCGGUACAUGCGUUUGAUGUUGUUGCA